AUGGUCGGAGCGCGCCGAGCCCGUGUCCGCGGCGGAGCAGGCGGAACUGGAAUUGGAAGGUCCCCCAAACGGGGAAGCGGGGAGGAGCGACGCGAUGGGGUCGCGGGGAAGGUGGGGAAGGGUGGGGAGGGUGGGGAAGAUGGGGAAAGGUGGGGAAAGGUGGGCAGGAUGGGAAGGGUGGGGAGGGUGGGGAGGGAGUGGAAGGUGGGGAGGGUGGGGAGGGUGGGUAGGGUGGGGAGGGUGGGGAAUGUGUUUGUGUUCGACCCUUUCGUCAACGACACCACCUUCUCCUCCAUGCUGCAACCCAUCAAGGGCCUCUCUCCCCGCCGCUCCCCCCAGUUCCGCCCUUUCGCCCUCGGGCCUCGAGACGGGGUCGCCCUCUUCCACCCCGUACCCUCUCCCUCCUCUCCCUCCUCUUCCUCCUCCUCCCCCUCAUUCUCUGCAUCCUCUGCUGCCACCUCCUCAUCGUCUCAAGAGACGCGGGAAGCGGCAGUGCUGCGCCUGCGCACGUUCAUGUGUAUGCACUCCCACCGUUGGAUCGACAUCCUACGGCUGGACAUCGCCGGGCUGGAGCUCGAUCUCUGCGAGAAUGCAGCAGCAGCAGGAGGAGGAGGUCGGGGAGGAGGGGCUUUAGGAGGGGGAGAUGCAUUUGGCACCAGUGUGGGAGAUCUGACGCAACAUGGCGCCGCGGCAUUGGCCGAGAAGACCCCCGUGGGGCCCGCGCCAGGGAGUGUUCCGAUUGGCCAGGUGGCGGUGAGAUUCCAUGCUGAGCUGGCGGGGAGAGACGGGGCGAAGAGGCGGCAGAAAUGUGAGGAGACCUUUGCUGCGUGGGGACUGAAGAGAGUGCAUGUGAUGGGGGAUGGGAACACUGUGCUGUUUGCUCGCACCGAUGCUCCUCCUGCAUUGUAA